AUGUACGACGACCUUCGCAAGAAUGAGCUCGAUGCCUGGGAGCUCCCCAGUCCGUUGCUCCCUCACCCGUAUCUCAGGCAGUUGCCUCCUCUACCCUCAACUCUGUCCCGGCGCGGCACAGUGUCCGAGAACGAUUCUCCCGCUGACGUGCCAUACGUGGUGGGCGGUCUAGCAAGCGUGGCAGCUGUUCAACUUCUGCGAUCCUGUUUGAGAAACACGCCCGAGUUCCACAAAUCUCAAACACCCACAAGCCUCAAUAAUCCAGACAUCAACCUCUACCUCCUUCGAAAACACGAAGCCGCGCAGUCCGACAUGUCCGCACGAUUGGCAACCUGCGUGUGGACGUCCAGUACCACCCAGCUGCAGACAGAUACAGUGGACAUUACCAUCUGGGGCACAAAGAGCACAGGAACGGACGGGGCUUUCAGCAGCCGUCCUGAAAGCACCGAGAAACAGGAGGAACGACCAUCCAUCCGUCGCAUGGUAACACCCGAUAUAAGCUCAAUAUUGCAUCGUGGUUCAACGCCCAACUCCUUCAAGUCUCAAAGGUGCACGUCAUCUGAAGCUUCUCGUAGCAAUGGCACAGGAAAGACAGCAACAUUUGCCUUCAAUAGUGAAUGGCAGACGCAAGAUGGCCUCGUCAAGUGGAACGAGGGUGCCCCUGGCCUUGACAGUUCCAAAAGCUCAAGGUCCCCCGAUGGCGACCUCGGGAGACCAGCCUCACCGGGCCAGACCCAAAACAGCGGCAGUCGCAAACAAUCGCUCGACACAUGUUCUUGUCCAGAUCUGGGAAGAGACGAGGACGAGGAAGCCGAACGUCCAGAUCUACCACGCAGGCGAACAGACGGCCCCAAUGUUGACUGUCCACACCAUCAUUUCAAAGACGUAUUCCAACGCUCUCAAUCCGUUUGCCCAUGUGAACCACGGCUGGACAUCCACAGGGUCCGGGAUCCCAGAAGUCGCCGCCGCUUGAAUCGCGAAGACGUCGGGGUAUUCAGGGACUUGGGAACGGGCGCGGCCGGACCACUCAGCAACGCUCCAGCGCAAGAAUACUCCCCUAAGCUGCUUGCCAUUGCCGGCGUGAUGAUCGCAACCGGGGAGCUGGACCGGCUUUCACUGGGGAGUAGCGGUCAUAGUCGUCGUCAUUCUCUAUCUCAAGUUUCACAGAUCAGUGUCAGCAGCUCGAAAGACACAGACGAAGAAGAAGAGCUUCCUCCCCUACCACCGACCAAAACUGCUGUUGGUAGACGGAAGAGGCGCGCCAUGUCCAUGGCGGCACCCCUUUCAAGCACGCCUUUCAGUUUUGUCAUGCAGGCAGGAAAAAGCGGGCUCUCGCCCACGCCGACAAGGAGGUCUUCGACGGGGAACCAGCUCUGGGCUGGACACCGAGAAGCACCCCUUCCGCCCGUGAACUCUCCCGCCCUACAACAAACAGGCGUAGGUAAGGGUGCUACCCGACCUGGCACAGGGACGCCUACGGCUCAAGGACCGUUUGGGUCAUCAUUAUUUCGCGCGAAGAGACCGGCGUCUCGCCGUUUGUCAGAAAUAUGGAACGCUUCCUGGGACAACGGCGACCAAGAGGAUGAUGAGGGUGAUGAGAGUCCUUCCGAAAAGCAGUCGAGUUCUCCCGGUCUUUACGAUUUGGAAUCCCCAAGGUUUACCGGGGCUCGCGAAGAUGACGUGAGUCCCGGGGGCGGCGCCAAUGCGGAAACCCCCCGGCUUUCAUGGCCGCCGAAUCUGAAUCGCGUGGACCAAUGUCUCAGGGAACAAGGGGAAUAUUUUGGUCGAGGUCGGAAUGAGGAGGAUAAGAGUACACAGGAGGACGGGGGAAGUCCGGGGUGGACAGAGACGGAGGAGGGAAGAGGUGACAACCUCACUCUCCAAAAUGAUGGGGACUCGAGUGAUGGGUACCCUUCGGACACGUCACCGUCUACCUGUGAAUGCACGCAUUGCGGACAUGCUGGGUAUUAUGUCAUGGUUACUGAUGACGCGGUAGAUCGUGGCGAGCAUGAGGUGCAGUUGGACGAGGAUGUAGUUGGUGGAGUGAUGCAGCGUUCGGGGUCGACUCAGACUAUUAUCCAUACACCUACAAGGCAUUCGAGCCAGGAGGCAGGAGACUGA